AUGAAGAUUAAAAUUAUACGGAAACUGUGUCUUAACCGCAAUUAUUUUGAAUAUGAUACAAACAAAAGUGUAAAUAAGACAUAUUCGAAUUAACUACAAAUUCGUAAAGCGAAUGAACGAAUAUAGACAAGGAUAAAACCUAAUCGACAUAGUUUUUUCAUAAAAAAAAAUAGCAUCACAGGUUACAUUUUCAUUGACAAUGGCACAAUCAACAGCCAGUGGAACGUCUUCCCGACGAUAUAUGAGAGAACAUGAUGUUAGUGUACCAUCCUCUUCACGGUAUGUGGAUAGUGAAUGGGAAACCAAAGAGGCUUUACGACAAAGAGAACUUGAAGAAGCACGUGCACGAGCAGCUCAAAUGGAAAAAACGAUGAGAUGGUGGUCUGAUUGUACUGCAAACUGGCGCGAGAAGUGGAGUAAAGUACGCAAUGAACGGAAUGUGGCAAGGGAAGAAGCAAAAAUGCUUAGAGCAAAAUUAGAAAUUGCUGUGAAAGAUGCAAAUAGUUAUAAACACGAAUGUCAGGAACUUGAGCUACAAAAUGAACAACUGAAAAAGGAAAUGGAAAAGAUACAUAUGAUAUUAUUGAAACAUGCAGGACAAUUUGAUCAACAAAUUUUUACAGUUUUAGAAUCAGAUCCACAAUUAAGGAACACGCUAGGUAUAGAGGAACUUUUAAAGUUUUACAAUAAUGUAGAACAGAGUGAAAGUGUAAAUUCUCAAAAGGAUUUACUUACAUGUAAAACUUCAUUAGAAGAAUCUAAUAUAUGCCUAGGAAGUCAUAACAUUUUACCAGAUAGAGACAUUGAAGAAUAUGUAUUGCAAGGAGCAGUACCAAAGCAUGCUGUAGAAUUAUAUAAAGAAGGUUCUAUAAAUUCAUUGGACAAAGAUAUUGCAAGAUUAGUUGCAGAUUCUAGUUCACUGGAAAGUAAUGUAGAGAAGCAUCAGACUUCUUUACAAAAUGAUGAAGCCUCUGCACAAAAAAUACUAAUGCUUCAGUAUAAACUAGAUGAAGCAACAAAGACCAUUUCUACCGAGAGAGAGGAAAAAAAUUCUUUACAUCGUGGUAUGGAAAAAUUAAAGGCAGAAAUAAUACAAUUACGUAAACAAUGUGAUGAUUUAGAAGAAAGUAAAGCUAAAGCUAUGAGAGAUCUACUUGAAUUGAAAGAUCGGUUUCAUAUUGAACUUGGUGAUAUGCAAGCUAAUUUAAUUGAUGAUUCUUCAAGUAGGGACAGUAUGAAUCGUCGUUUGUCCGAGCUUAGAACUGAAUUGGAGAAGCUUCAAGCUGAAAAUGCCGCAGAAUGGGGAAAACGAGAACGUUUAGAAACAGAGAAAAUUUCUUUGGAACGAGAAAAUAAACAACUUCGUAAUGAAUUACAUGAUUUACAAGAAAGAUUAGACUCUCGACGGUCACGUCCAGUUUCCACAUCUGAUAGUGAUACGAGACAGUUGCAACAAGAACUUUUAGUUAGAAAUACGAUACUAAAAAAAUCUUUGGAGGAAAAAACAACUGAACUUUCACACGCAAUGAGAAGAUCAGAACAAUAUGAAGCAGAAGUGAAACGAGUCAGAGCAAGAGUAGAAGAAUUGAAGAAGGAAUUAGCUAUAGCUCAGGAUGAAGUAGAUGCUGCAACUAAUAAUGUUCGGAAAUUGCAACGUGUAAAUGAAGAUUUAUUGGAGCAACUAGAAUCUGCUAAUGUACAACUAGAACAUUUUCUCAACAGUACUGAUUCCUAUACGGUAGAUAUAGAAGAAAAUAUUGAAGAGAAAUUAUGUGCAACAAAUGAUGGCAAAUUAAUAGAUGAGUACGGACCUCCACAAGCCUAGUAUUCACUGAUUACAAUAACGACAUUAUAUUUUAUCUGAGUUACAAAUAUGCGGGUUGAUAAACUGGGAAGUGCUUUUUUCGAAAUUCUUUAAAACGUAUACCAGUCAACAUACCUAAUUAAGUACUACGUACUUUUUAAUUAUAUAAACGAAUACUAACAGUAUAAGCAAUCAGUUAAUUUAUUUGACAGGUGAGCUUAAAUAACAAACAAUCACUGCCUAUUUCAGUAUUGUAUUAAUGUUUAAAGUCAUUAGAAUAUGUUCUAGAUUUA